AUGGCAGAGGCAAUUUUCAAGAAAGAAGAGGACUCCUUCUCAUGUCCAGUCUGUCUAGAUCUGUUGAAGGAUCCAGUGACUAUUCCCUGUGGACAUAAUUUCUGCAUGAGGUGCAUUGAGGGCUGCUGGGAUCAAGAGGAUCAGAGAGGAGUCUGCAGCUGCCCCCUGUGCAAACGCACCUUCACUCCCAGACCUACACUCUACAAAAAUCCUCUGAUUGCUGAAAUGGUGGAGACAUUUAGGAAGACCGGAAUCCAAGCUUCUCCUAUUACUCCCUCUAAUGCCGGACCUGGAGAUGUGGAGUGUGAUGUCUGCACUGGGAGAAAACUCAAAGCUGUGAAGUCCUGUCUGGAAUGUCUGGUGUCAUUCUGUGAAACUCACUACAAAGCUCACAAUGAACUUUUUCCUGGAAAAAAACACUCAGUGAUUGAUGCCACAGGCCAGCUACAGGACAGGAUCUGCUCUCAUCAUAAGAAGGUUUUUGAAAUAUUUUGUCGAACCGAUCAGAGUUGUAUCUGCUAUCUUUGCACGAUGGACGAACAUAAAGGCCAUAACACAGUCUCAGCUGCAGCAGAACGGACAGACAAACAGAGGCAGUUGGGGCAGACCCAGAGGAGAUUCCAGCAGAGAAUCCAGGAGAGAGAGAAGGAGCUGCAGGAGCUGAGGAAGGCUGUGGAGACUCUCAAGAGCUCUGCACAGACAGCAGUGGAGGACAGUGAGAGGAUCUUUACUGAGAUGAUCCGCUCCAUUGAGAGAAGGCGCUCUGAGGUGAAAGAGCUGAUCAGAGCUCAGGAGAAAGCUGAGGUGAGUUUGGCUGAAGGACUGCUGAAGCGACUGGAGCAGGAGAUUGCUGAGCUGAAGAGGAGAGAUGCUGAGCUAGAGCAGCUUUCACACACAGAAGAUCACAUCCAUUUGAUCAAGAAUUUCCCGUCAAUCAGAGACUCUCCUCACUCCUCGCCCAGCAUGACCUUCAACCAAAGUUUCUCUUUUGAGGCUGUGAAGGAAUCUGUCUCUGGAGUGAAGGUGCAGCUGGAGGACAUCUUCAGGCAGGAAGUAGUCAGGAUAUCUGCAGCAGUGACCAGAGAGGAGUUCUCACAGUACUCCUGUCACUUCACACUGGAUCCAAACACAGCACACAGAAACCUCCAUCUGUCUGAGGGGAACAGGAGGGUGGAGUGGAGAGAUGAGGUGCAGUCAUAUCCUGAUCAUCCAGAGAGAUUUAAUGGGUGGCCUCAGGUGCUGUGUAGAGAGGGUGUGUCUGGACGCUGCUACUGGGAGGUUGAGUGGAGUGGGGGGUGGGUAGAUAUAUCAGUCUCAUAUAAAAGCAUCAGCAGGAGAGGAGAGGGUGUUGAGUGUGGGUUUGGAUAUAAUGAUCAGUCCUGGGGUCUGUACCUCGCCAACUGUGGCUCUUUUUUCUGGCACAAUAAUAAAGAGACUAAACUCCCUCUAGUGGCCAGCUCCAGAAUAGGAGUGUAUGUGGAUCACAGGGCAGGAACUCUGGCCUUCUACAACAUCGACACAAUGACCCUCCUGCACAGAGUCCAGACCACAUUCACUCACACACUUUACCCUGGGUUUUUGCUUAAUUUUGUUGGCGCAUCAGUGAAGCUGCUGUGAUUGAGAUGUACAGAUGCUGAAUCCAGACUACAUUCACCCAGCCUCUCUACCCUGGGUUUAGGGUUAGACAUUAGAUCACCAGUGAAGCUGUUGUGACUCUGGGGUGGAGCGCUGGGGUGACCCCACGUAUUGACUGGUGUGGUGGUGGUCUGGGAAGAAAACGAUGCUCUGCAGAUGACAUCUGAGGCCAAACUUAAAUUGUAUUUACAAUCCAAAAUUGGGAUGAUGAAUAAAAUGCAAAUAAAGACAGAAAGAAGCAAUUUGUUAAAUUACCUUUUUUGUAGUAGUAGUUACCUUGAUUACAGUUUUUCUCAAUAGCUUACACAUUAUAACUGGGCCUGUUAACUAAACAUCCCAAACCAUGACGCCAUCUACCAAAAGACAGACUAAUUUCCCAAAACUACAAAACACUAUCACCCUGUUUUCACACAUGAUUCAGAUUGAACUUUUUGUGUAAAACUCUACACACAAAUCCCUUCAUAUAUCACUGGCUGCACCGUGUGCUCAUUUAGUAAACACUGGCAUUCAAUUUCAUUAACUCAAGUCAUCACAGCUCAAACCCAACACACAAUUCCCCAGGUGGAAACACGAAGAGUCAAAAGUGGUCACACACCAUUCAGAACCUCAGGAUAGGUAGAUUAAUGGGCCAUGGGCCAAUCAGAACCUCAGGAUAGGUAGAUUAAUGGGCCAUGGGCCAAUCAGAACCUCAGGAUAGGUAGAUUAAGGGGCCAUGGGCCAAUCAGAACCUCAGGAUAGGUAAAUUAAUGGGCCAUGGGUCACUUCACUUGUGUUGGAACAAUGGAUCCCCAAAGAUCACAAAGUACAACAUUUAUUUUUUUCAUUGGUUUAUAUUGUUAAAUACAUGGAAAUUAUUUUACUGUAUUCAACGUUCUUUACAUAUCAGUUGCAUAUUUUUUAUAGGUUUCAACUUAUUUUACUACAGUACAUUGACUUCUGAAAAUGUAUCCAUGUGUUGUGUCUUUAUAUUGUGUUCAUCAUGUGGAGAGGUUGUUCUGGGGGGAAACCAUAAGCGCCUUCACUCAUCGCUUUUUUGAAUUUAUUUACAACCCUAAAUUAGGAUGAUGAAUAAAAUGCAAAUAAAAACAGAAUGAAGUCAUUUGUUAAAUUACUUCGAUUUAGAUUACAUUCAGUGAAGCUGCUGUGUCUGACAUAUCUAGAUACUGUUAGCACAUACAUCUCACACAUGAAAUAAUUUAACACAUCACUCACACUUAAGGAUCUAGCAGCUGGGCCUGAGAAUCUUUGAUCUUGGGGACAACAGACUGAAUCCAUCCCACAUCUCUGGACCCCAGCUAUUACAAUAUCUAGACCUCUGCUGUAACACAUGCAGUAUCACCACAGCAGAAAUAAGCCAUUGUGUGUGAAAGGUUUUGAUGAGCUCUGUGUUGCAUAACCUCCCUCUCCCAAGUGUUUAGUCCCUCUGUUAUUGCAUACACGUUCUGAUAUCUGGUUGAGAAAAUGUGUUUCUCUGUUUCUUUAUUAAUGCCGUUAUAAUGAGACCAGUAUGUUUUAAAAUGUUUCUAGUGCAAAAUGGUGAAUAAAAAGU